AUUGUAGCUACCUUGUCUCGAAAAAUGGUAUCAAAACCUUGUUCCGAUUCGAACCAGGGUAGUGGACGUCAGUACGGCGGACCCUCAUUCAAUGACCUCGGGAUUUGAGAUUUGUGUUUGUUUGGAGUAUCAAGGAAGGUCCACGUUUGUCUGAUGGAUCAAAGAGAUCUUCAUCUGGUCUGGUGGAUCAAGAUAAUCGUUGAGGGAGGACACGAUGUUCAUGGUCCUUGUCUUGGGUGGAGGAUUUGUUAUGAAACAAUUCAAGUACGUACCAUAUCGAAAAUACAAGAGAACAGAUCCUUACAUAGUAGUAUCCACCUAACUCAAUUAAUAGAAGGUCUUUUGGGGAGGAUACCUAAAAAUAAAUAUGUGCGAUUAGCCCAUGUAAUUUGGACAUUGUUAGUUAUCAAUAUUAUAAAGGUAAAGGGUAUGCUUAUGGUGACCUCCAAAUCAUCGGACUUGUAAGUGUUUUGAAAAUCAGCGAUCGAUGGAGAUCAGUGCAUAUAGUGGUUCUCAACUUCCCGAGCUAGCUCGAUAUGCUUUCAUGAUCCCAAUCCCUGCUCAAUCCUUCUCAUAUUCUCGAUGCGGUGGUUGAAACCUUACGCAUCCUCCGUGGUCGAAUUGUUGAUCUAAAUAUAACUAGCGUGGCCCCGGCCAUUUGGCCAGAGGAAUGUGAGAUAUGAAAUUUGAUAAUGUUAUGGGGUGUAUAGUUUAUUGUUGAAUAGUUUUUUUUUGGGAAACACGUGAUAAAAAUAGUGAAUUUUAGUAGGAAAGAGACGUGAAUGAUGCAACGAAACAAAAAUCAGCCUUAUGAAGAAAAAUCAAGUACUUGUUACCUUGUGAAACAAUAUUGUUUCUGGUAAUAUGAUGAGGUGGAGUAAGUUUUAUAGAAACCAAAUUCCAGAAAAUCGAAUAAAAAUGGUCUAUCCCGCCGGUUUUCGGGAAAUGAGCAUCUCACAAUUGUUGCUAGCUUUUACUCGGCCCGUUGGCCGAUUAAUUUGCUUUAUAAAACUUUCAUCUUGUCAUCAUUGUGCUUUCUGGUUUUUUGCCAAGCCAUGAUAAAAUCUAAAGAAAUCAAGAAUGAACAACUCAAUUUGGGAUAGGAACCACCGUUUAUGUAUUCCUAGAAAAUGAUGGUAAACACGGACUCACCUGCCAAACUGGUAUGGAUUGAUAUUUUUAUCGGGUAUCAGGGAACCAUGUGAUUAUAAAUUAGACUUGAUCAAAACGGGCCAAAACUUGAAAUUCAGCCUGUUUGACUGACCCAUGCCAAACUCUAAUUAUUCUUUACUUUUAAACUUUCUAUUUGAAAAUAAAAAAUAAUGAAAGAAAAGAGAUGACUGCAAUUUUCCAUUUGAACAUCACUGAUUCGGGAAUAAAACUAUAGAAUUUCGAAAGGAAACUGAAAAUGUUUAGGAUCGUUUUAAUGUUAAAAAUAACCAAAUAGAUCUUUCUGUUUGAUUUUUUACUAACAAAUACCAAACGAUUCCCUAUAAUAUACACUAUAAUUUAAUCAUUAUGAUAUCAAAUAAUUACAUAAUAUAUAUUUGAAAUGAAAAAAAUUGGACUAAUUGGGUUGGUCGAGGUUGAACCAUUGAAUAACUUUAAAAUACAUUGUAUUUUAGCCACUAAGAUAUAAAAUAAUAGCAUAAUAUAUAUUAUGCUAGAGAAAAUAGCUUCUUUUAGAGUGGCAAACUCAUGAUGUUCAUUUGUUUUACUUGAUGGGCAAAUCCCGUGUAGGUCAGGCUCAUUCAACUCUUUUAUUUUAUGAUUAGCGAUUAACCCAUUAGAAUCCAUGCAUUAGUUUAUUGUUAAUUUUUUUUUCUUUUUAGCAAUAAAAAGGAGUAUUGUUUUUGCAUUUUCAUAUAUAUUUUACCACCACGGAGAAAUAAAAGGACUUAAAAAAAAUUGACACUCCUGGACCCGUUUAAAUCUGCAUGUGUACGGUAAGUUGGCCCGUUCCACAGAGUAAAAAGAAAAAAACUGACACCCCAUAUUCUACCCUUCCUAUAAACGCUCCUGGAGCAAAGAAUUUGAAAUGGGGGAAGAGUUUUUUUCCUCUCUGCGAUUAUAUUUUAAUUUAAACUGAUGCAACAAAUGUACUUAGUUACGAUUCUACUAUCUCAGGUUAAGUGGUAAUAAAAUAAUUGUUUAGUGUUGAAACCUAUUUAAUGAUGGAAUCCUAUUUCAACACUGAUAAGGUAAUGGCCAACUAGUCGACCAUUAUUUUCUUUUUAUGUGUAGAACUUGUGUCAUCAGGCAACCACUUCAUAAGUGGUUUAUCGUUCUUUUCAUUUGUAAUGGUUGAAUCCCGUUGUAAAUGUAGCAUUAACUCGACCAUUUUGCGAAUGUGUUCAACUGUUUUUAAGUCGUUGUAUAACUUGGGUAUAACUUCAAGUUAGGUAACUUGCAUCUAUCUAUAUCGUUAAAAAAAAUACUAAAAUCCAUUUAGACUAUUGAUUACCAAAACAGUGGUAACCGGCAGUGCAGGUCAUCACUUAUUGAUCUCUUACGAAUGUUAAGUAAAUACACAUCUAUUACGUAAAGGUGACGGAACGAUAGUUAAUUCUUACUAUAACACUUUAAUCAGAAGCAGUACGUAAUCACGGGCUUGAAUCAUGGAAGCGAUAUGACAAAUACAUGAUACUAUUACUAUGAUAGGAUUCGUCCAAAACGAAGAUUCACUUCCACGAUCACUUGUUAGUUUGAAUGACUGUUCAUCAGGAGAAACAGUUUCCUUUUUCGCGGGGCCUACAGUAGAAAUGGAUUCACCACCGCAAUUUACGGGACUGGCGAAAAUCACAGUUUCUGGAAGCUGCAAUCGAUCGCUGUCAAAUAUUAACGAUCGGCGGGGCUCAUGCAUGGCCGUGGAUUCAGUCUCGUUUCACGGAUAUCUGCAGAUAAAUAGAGCGCGCAGAUGGUCCUUGCCGAUGUGGGCCAAAAAAACCAUGCUUAUCAAGAACUCGGUAGGCCCGGGCCCGGAAAGAAUUUCUGUGUUGUUUUUUUUUUUUUUUGGUACGAAAAAAUUUUCUGGUUAAUGGUGGAAAUUCACAAACUAGUCAUUUUCGGGGCAGGGAAUCCAAAGACCAUGCACCCAUAAAUGCGGUUUUGUUUUGGAUCCAUGUUUCCUGAGAGCGAAGUGCUUUGUUCUGCUGUAGUUUUUUAGAAAUAGUUUUUGGUUUGAGCUUUUAGAGAAGUAAUUUUUUUUAAAAAAAGUUGAGUGUUUAACUGAAAAACUAUUAGAAGUAAUCAAAACUAGGUCUCUUCUCUCUCGUUUUGUUAGCGAUUCCCUUCGAUGGCGGCUUCGCCGUCGGCUGCGGCCUCGGCAGAGGGAGCUCCUCCGGUGGGCAACACUUGGGCCUCGCUGUUCUCACUGGACCCUGCAAACAGAAUGAAGUUUCGCUCCCCUGAGCGGAAGAAUGACGGAUUUCGACUUCCCCGUGAAGUGAAGAAAAGAGGAUAGGAACGGUGGAAGGACAGCCUCAUUGCGCAAUUCAUGGGUGAUCCGCCAAAGCCGGUGGCUCUCCAACAGUGGGCAACUAGUCUCUGGGGAAUGGAUGGGCCAGUUCGGGUUUCCAAAUUUGGCCCUCAAUUGAUGGUUUUCCAAUUCCCCUCGGCUUCCACAAGUCGAUGGGUUCUCCGAUCAGGCCCUUGGCACUUCCAGGGCAAUCCUGUAUUUUUUCGGAAGUGGUCACCAGGCAUCCAGCCUGUGCAACCGGAGUCAGAGACACUCCCGAUUUGGGUGAAGAUUUGGGGGAUUCCCCUCGAGCACCAUUCAGUGGAAGGGCACGAGUGGAUAGCCAGUACAAUUGGUCAACCAUUGUGGAUGGAUCAGUCGACUCGGACUGGUGGACAAUUAGGGUUUGCGAAGGUGUGUCUGGACCUUGCUGCAGAUUGCGGAUUCCCAGAUAAGGUGAAGCUCUACCCAGACGAGGACCCUUCGUUUGAGGUAGAGGUGGAAUACUUGAAUAAACCUAUCGUUUGUGAACGAUGUUCGAUCUAUGGUCAUGAUUGUGAUUGGCUUAGUAAGCAGGGGAAGAAGUGGGUGCCUAAGAUGAAGGCUGUGGAAGUAGAAAUAGUUGAUGGGGGUGCUGGUUCCGUGGAAACUGUGUUAAAAGUGCAGGUUGGACAGUCACACGAAGGUUCAGAUGUUCCCUCUAAGAGUGGUCCAAUCUUGGACAAGGGUACUUCUCUCCCCCCAUCAAUUGGGAGCUCAUCAGUGAGUUUUGUGGAAGCAUUGAAAGGGCCAUCAGGGAAUCCUGGGAGCUCUUCCAAGCUUUUGCAGGUGGCUGCUCUAGUUAACUCACCAGAGUCCUCUGGGAGGUUAACUCAACAGUCAACUCCUGUUGGGAAGGAGAACAACCCCUGGAUAACAGUUGAGAGCCAGAAGAAAAAGAAGCAUAAUCCACCAUAUGUUCCCCCAGAAAAAAGAGGUGGGAAAGGAGGAAAGAAGAGAUGAAGAUUCUAGUCUGGAACACAAGGGGAUUUAAGGAUAGUAGUAAGAAUAAAGUUGUACAGCUUAUAGUCAAUUAAAAACAAAUAGAUAUAGUAGCUAUUCUAGAGCCAAGAAUAAGGAAGCAAGAGUCUGAGGAUUUGAUACACAAGAGAUUCCCUGAAUGGGAAAGUGAGGUGGUGAAUAAUUCAUGAGGGUUGGGAAAUAUAUGGCUUCUGUGGAGGCAGGAUGUCCAGCUCACUAUUGUGGAUAAGUCAGAUCAGUUUAUACAUGUGUUGGUUAAUUCAGGUAUUCCCUUCUUUGCUACUUUUGUCUAUGCUUCUAAUGAGGAGGUCGAUAGAAGGAGUCUGUAUAGGGAUUUGGUUAAGUUACGAAUUUCUCAGUUGCCUUGGACCAUUUUGGGUGAUUUCAAUGCUAUUAAUGACCCUAGUGAGGCUUCUUAUAACCCUGCUUUUAAUAGUAGUAUGGAGGAGUUAAAAAAUUGGCAGGACCAGUCUGAGGUUAUUGAGCAUAAAUCAGUAGGUUCCUGGUUUACUUGGAUAAACAAGCAAUCACAAAAUCCUAUAGCUAGAAGGCUUGACAGGGUGUUUGUCAAUAUUGAAUGGUUAAAUAGGCUCUCUAAUAGUGCAGUUGAGAUGCUCGACCCCUCUGUAUCAGAUACUGUCCAAUCCAUUUGGAUACUGAUAGUUCCCUCAAAUCUCUACCAAAACCUUUUCGAUUUUUCAAGUUUUGGGUGGCUCACCCGUCUUUUUUAGAUAUUGUGAAAGAGGCAUGGCAUUCUGAUGUCUCGGGAUCUCCCCUGUCUAGAGUUUGCAAAAAGUUGAGGAUCCUGAAGAAACUUCAUAAAACUCUAAAUAAGGAAGUAUACUCAGACAUUAAGGAGAGGGUGAAAAUGAAGGAAUCUGAAUUGUUGUUUUCCCAGAUGGAAGCCCUUUCCAACCCUUUCAGUGAGACUUUUGAGGCAGAACUGGUUAGGGGUAAAGAACUCAGGCAGUUACAGUUAGAUAAAGAGUCCUUCUUGAGGCAGAAGUCAAGAGAGAUCUGGGUUAAAGAGGGGGAUUCUAAUUCUCCUUUCUUUCAUCAAUCAGUCAAAGUAAGACAACAAAGGAACACUAUCAGAUCAUUGCUGAAUGAGGAGGGUGAGAGGGUUAAUGACACUGACUCAAUGUGUAAGGUAAUAGUGGAUUUUUAUGAGAAACUCUUAGGGACUAAAGAUGAGUUAGUUCA